AUGAAGAGUGGUUUCUUAUUUAUUAUGAGGUGCGUGUUUGGUGUGUGGGGUCGUGUGGAUUUUGCUUGUUUACAUAGCCUUGUAAUGACAUUUUGCUGCAUGAAGAUUAUGGGGUCGGCUUGGUACAAGGAUUGGAAUAGCUUGGGUAAGAUCGUUGUUGCGCAGGUUUAUGAAGUUUGGCUUGAUAGCUCUGAGCUGGUGUAUUCUUACUUGUGA